CGCAGUUUUCACUCUUCUCCUCAGUUCUCUCGCUCAUCAGUUCCAAAUUUCAGAUUCGAUUCAUAUCUCUCCAAUUCAACUCAUUUUCAGAUGGAAACAGACUCAUCAUCUUUCCCAAGUUCUUAUUCUACUACUGCUUGGAGGAAAAAGUAUGAUGUCUUCCUCAGUUUCAGAGGCGAGGACACCCGCAACAAUUUUAUGGGUCAUCUCUAUGAAGCAUUGAUACAGAAAGGCAUUGUCACCUUUAAAGACGAUGAAAAAGUCGAGAGAGGAAAACCCAUUUCGCCAGAGCUGUCAAAAGCGAUAGAAGAAUCAGAAUUUGCUAUAGUUAUUCUCUCAGAAAACUAUGCUUCUUCAACUUGGUGCUUAGAUGAACUUGCAAAGAUCAUUCACUACAAAAACGAGAUGGGAAUAACAGUUUUGCCUGUCUUUCACUAUGUAGACCCAUCUGAUGUACGGAAACAAUGGGGAACUUUUGCUCAGGCAUUUGCUAAACAUGAAGAAAAAGAGAACAAAGAAAGGGUGGAAAAGUGGAGAGAUGCUUUGAGACAAGUAGCCAACCUUCGCGGAUGGCAUUUAGAGGAUACAUGGCCUGAGAUAGAAGACAUCAAAGACAUAGUGGAAUGGAUAUCACUUAAUUUGAAAUAUGAUGCGUUCCCAUAUAUUGCCAAGAACCUAGUAGGAAUAUACCCUCGAGUGAUGAAAUUGAAGUCAUGUUUAGCUCUAGGAUCAUAUGAUGUUCGCUUUAUAGGAAUUUGGGCAAUGGGGGGAAUGGGCAAGACAACUCUUGCUAGAGUUGUUUAUAAUAUGAUUUCUAAAAAAUUUGAAGAUUGUGUUUUUAUUGAGGAUGUCAGGGAAAAGAUUGAAAAAUAUGGUGUUGUUCCACUGCAAGAGAAAAUUAUUAAAGUUUUGAAGGAAAAGGAUACGAAAAUACAAGAGAAGUAUGAUGGAGUUUGCAAGAUCUACAAUAGGUUAUGUAAGAAAAAGAUUCUUCUUGUUCUUGAUGACGUCGAUAAAUUGAAACAUUUAGAAAUGUUAGCUGGGGAGCAUGAUUGGUUUGGUUCCGGCAGUAGAAUUAUCAUAACAACAAGAGAUAAGCAUGUGCUGGAGGCACAUGGAGUAGAUGAAAUAUAUGAAGUUAAAGGAUUAUGUCAUGAAGAUUCUCUUCAACUAUUUUCCUUAAAAGCCUUUAAAGAAAAGCAUGUCCCAAAUGAUUAUUUAAAGCUAUCUAACCAUUUUUUGAGUUAUGCUGCUGACCUUCCUUUAGCUCUUGAGGUUUUGGGUUCCUUUUUGAUUGGAAGAAGUCUUGACGAAUGGAAUAGUGUGCUAAAGAGACUUAAACAAUAUCCUGAGGAAGAUAUUUUCCAAGUACUUAAAAUAAGUUUUGAUGGGCUGCAGAAACCACAGAAGGAAAUAUUCUUGCAUAUUGCGUGCUUUUUUAAUCAUCAUAAAAAAGAUUAUGUAGUAGAAAAACUAAACAUUCUUGGCCUUUACCCUGGUAUAGGACUGAAGGAACUCAUUGAUAAAUCUCUCUUGAAAAUUAUUAAUGAGGAUAUUGUGUGGAUGCAUGAUUUACUUGAAGAAAUGGGUAGGAGCAUAGUUUCUCAAGAGUACCCUGAUGAUCUUGGGAAGCGUAGUAGAUUGUGGUGUUAUGAGGACAUUGACAAAGUGUUAAGAAAAAAUAAGGGAACAGAAGCUAUUCAAGCCAUGGUUAUUUGGGAUACUUAUGACAAAGCACAAAUGGCACAUUGGAAACCUGAGGCCUUUUCCAAUAUGUACAAUCUUAAAUUUCUUAGAAUGAAUGACGUUGCCUAUGUCCCCACACAUCUUCCUGAUGAUUUAAGAAUUCUUGAUUGGAUUUCGUAUUCUUCAAAAUCUUUGCCAUCAAGUUUCCAGUCAGAUGAGCUUGUUCAACUUUGUUUGCAAAAGAGCAGAAUUGAACAACUUUGGAUAGGAAUAAAGAAAUUUGAGAAGUUGAAGUUCAUUGACUUGACUGCCUCCUCAUACCUGAUUAUAACUCCAGACUUCACUGAAGUGCCAAAUCUUGAGAAAUUAGUUCUCGAAAGGUGUAUAAAUUUACACAAGUUUCACCCAUCCAUCAGAAUUCUUAAGAAACUUAUUCAUCUUAAUUUAAAAGGUUGCGAAAGACUAAAUCCUCCUUCAUGCAUGUUUGAAAGUGAGUGUCUUGUGGCUCUUGAACUUUCUAAUUGCUCAAACCUCAAGAAAUCUCCAAUAUUUGUGGGAAACAUGGAAUUCUUACAGAAGCCUUUUUUGGAUCGCACUGCUGUUGUGGAACUAAUUAGAAACUUUCCACAGAACCUAAGGAUAGUCAAUGGCCUAGAGAAUCUUGAUUUGAGUUAUACAGCUAUAGAGGAGCUGCCUUCAUCAAUUGUACAUUUGAGAGAACUUACUUCAUUGACUCUAAGAUAUUGCAUAAAUCUUGUGCACCUUUCUAGCACCAUUUGUAGUUUGAAGUUGCUUAAUUCUCUUGAUCUUUUUGGAUGCUUAAAAUUAGACAACUUGCCAGAAGAAAUAGGAAAUAUGCAACUUUUGGAGCUGCUUAAUUUGAGUUGGACAGCCAUAAAAGAGGUUCCUUCUUCCAUUGUUCGCCUUAAAAAUCUCAAACAGCUGCAUAUUCGUGGAUGGAAGUUAUCUGAAUUUUAUGCUCGGCCAGCAAGUCCUGAGUGGAAUGACCCUUUACAAACUGCAUUAUUUUCCCUGCCAACAAGUCCUGCUCCAUGGAACAUAUUAUUGCCUUCAUUUUUAUAUUAUUCCCUGCCAACAAGACCUGUUCUGCUGGGCUUGUUAUUGCCUUCCUUAUCAGGUCUGCAGUCUUUAACAUAUUUGCAUCUUAGUGACUGCGAUCUUUUGUCAAUCCCCAAUGAUUUUGGCUGCUUGUCCUCUUUAGCACACUUAAAUCUAAGUGGAAAUAAUUUUGUUUCCCUUCCUAAAAGUAUCUCUCAACUCUCUAAACUUCAAACACUUCUUUUGGAGGGCUGCAGGAGGCUUCAAUCAUUGGAAAGUGUUCCACCAACUAUUGAUUCUGUGAUUGCAAACAAUUGUACCUCACUGGAGAGAUUUCCAGAACUGCAAUUUCAUCUUCUUACAUCCAAUCACUCCCAUUUGAAUUUCCAGUGUCUAAACUGCUUCAAAUUGGUUGAUAAUAUUCAAAGCAUCAGUAACAUGAUUCAGGGACAAAGUGUUAAACUACCUUGCAUCUUAGACAUUAUUAUCCCUGGAGGAGAAAUCCCGAAAGGGUUUAGCCCUGUAGGUUGGUGUGAUAACAUACAAGUGCCUAAUUCCUCGGAAGGUACCCGAAAUAAGUGAAGUGAUGAUGGGGAUGAUGGGGCUGGAUCUAGUGGAGGAGGCUACUCUAAUGAGGAACUGCAUACGGUGACUUGGAGAUUUAUGGC